GGACCACCUGGUGUUCUAGGACCAACUGAUGUUCCAGGACCACCUGAUGUUCUAGGACCACCUGAUGUUCUAGGAGGUCCUGAUGUUCUAGGACCACCUCAUGUUUCAGGACCACCUGAUGUUCCAGGACCACCUGAUGUUCUAGGAGGUCCUGAUGUUCUAGGACCACCUCAUGUUUCAGGACCACCUCAUGUUUCAGGACCACCUGAUGUUCUAGGACCACCUGAUGUUCUAGGAGGUCCUGAUGUUCUAGGACCACCUGAUGUUCUAGGACCACCUGGUGUUCUAGGAGGUCCUGAUGUUCUAGGACCACCUGAUGUUCUAGGACCACCUGAUGUUCUAGGACCACCUGAUGUUCUAGGACCACCUGACCAUGUUCAGAAAUGUUUUUGGUUCAGGGUUUCUGGUGAGAACAGCUCAUGUGAUUUUAACCUGGGUUAUAACGUUGAUCCUCUUCCUUCAUGACACAGAGCUGAGGAAGCAGGAAGAGACGGGCCAGCUCCUGCAGCCAGUCCUCUUUGUCCUGCUGGUUCUGGUGUCGGUGCUGCUCUACUUCGCCGUCUCUCUGAUGGACCCAGGCUUCAUCCUGUCUGAUGACAGCAGCUUACAGUUCAUGCUGGGAGUGACUGAGGAGCAACAAGACAUGAUCCCACCCAGCAGCAAAUCUCUGAGGCAGCGUCGCUGUGGCCACUGUCUGCUGCAGCAGCCAAUGAGAUCGAAGCACUGCCAGACAUGUCAGCACUGUGUCCGUCGCUACGACCACCACUGUCCCUGGAUAGAAAACUGUGUAGGAGAGAGGAACCACCGCUGGUUUGUGUUUUACCUGGUCGUCCAGCUGCUGGUGCUGGUGUGGGGUCUUCACAUCGCCUGGACCGGUCUGAGUCCCGUUUCUACCUGGCAGCUGUGGCUGCGGACCAACGGCGUGCUGCUGGUGGCAGCCAUGUUGGUGACUCUGCUGUCGCUCAUUGUGCUGCUGCUGCUGGGCUCCCACCUCUACCUGGUCUCUCUGAACACCACCACCUGGGAGUUCAUGUCGCGCCACCGCAUCUCCUACCUGAAGCACUGUGGUGCUGAUGAAAACCCGUUUGACCGUGGGACCAUCCACAACCUGUGGAGCUUCUUCUGUGUCUGGGGGACCGUGGUCUGGGAGCAGGUGUACUUCAGAGAGGGCAGUGACCUCGUCUAGGAACACACACAUUAACCAAUUAACCAGCACUACUUAUAAUCAGUCAUGAGUGUGUGAAUGAGGAAGUGAUUGUGUGUGAAUGAGGAAGUGGUUUCCCAACUCGUUCUCUUCUGCAGUGAAAGUUAUUUACAUCUAAAUGUAAAAAAUAGCCAGACAAGGUUCUUGUUUAUCUACUGUUAACCUUCCCUAUCAAUCAUUAACAGGAUUGAUCAGGCGUUGAAAACCUCUCAGAACAGAUGUAUAAAGCUGUAGUUAAGGUGUACAGACAUGACUCAUUUUUGGCUCAUUUUUGAAGCCUUGUGUGUUUAUAUAUAUAAAUCUAACUGUGAAACAGAUUUUUACUCCAAUUAUUAGAAUGGGAUGCUCGGCACCACGGUAAUGAAAACAUCAGCAACUAGAAGCACUCGGAAGGUGCAGAUGUCCGGCAAGCCAAAGCUUUUUUUUUUGCCAUUGAUUGUGGCUAUUAUUUUUUAGUUAGAAGUUCUAAUGGCAAAAUUAUCCUGAUUUCUCCAUAGUGAAAAAUCUUUUAAAAAAUUCCUGGAUCCAGGCAGUGAUCUGGAUCAUCCCCAAAACCUUAUCACUUGGUACUUUAUUCCAUUUCUGAGAUUUCCUGAAAAUGUCAAAAAUUGCUCUCUGUAGCUACUUCUUGGCCUGACAGCAUGAGACAGGCUUGGGGGAGCUAGGUGUGGUCUGAUGCAGAUGGGGACGAGCCUGCUGACGAAAGUGAGACAUCAUCCGUGAUGUGUGUUCGGAUUUAUCAGGACUUCUUGGUUUUGGAAACCAGCUCAAAAACAAAAAUGAUCAGCUCCAAGUUCAGAGCGGAGUCUCUGCAGAAGGAAAAUAAAUGUUUGGAUUCCAAACACAGACAGCAUCAGAGGUCUGGGACCAGUUCCUGACCUGGUGUGGACAUGAUGAGGAGACACCGGUAGAUGGACCACAGUCCACUGCUUCACUUUGAAACUCAGAGCAGUGAAAGAUUCCUCAGAACGUCUCAUUGUCCAGGUCUUACACCAGCAGACAUUGUUCUGGUCAUUUCUCACCAUGAACCGUGUUUAUUAUAAAACCUCGUGAUCUGUUGGUUUCAGGUAAAAUUCUCCUUUUUCGUUUCCUCCUCAUAUCAGGUUUUUGUGUGUGUGCUGACUGGUGCGUUGAGUGUGCAUCCUUUAUAAAGCCACGUAAAUGUGAAGUUGGAAGUGUUUCAGCUCCUGGUGGAGACAACGGCUCAGAUGGAGCAUUUUAUCCAGAUUUUACUCUGGAUUCAUGUCGGCCUAAACGUGUUUAAAGUGGACUUCCUGAUCUGGUUUUCGGUGGGGCAGAUUUAUGAUGAUCCUGGUCCAUGUUGGUCCGUCUCAGAGGGGUAGUCGCUGACCAAUCAUGUUUACACCCUCAGUGCACACAAUGUCAAGCUUUUUGUAAAGUGUAAAUAUUUUUUUAAACAGAGUAGAUUUAAAGGUUUUGGACUUUAAUCAAAGCAGUCUUGGGUCCAACACUUUUCCGGUGUUUCUGUGCAAUGUUACAUGUUCUGAAGUGGUUCUGAUGGACAGACCUGUCCUGUUCCACUGGAUCGUUCUGGUUUCUACAGACCAGUUUAUUGUUUUCUUCUAAUCUAUAUGCAAUAUUGUCAUGCAUUGUUUUUAGUGCUUACAUUAGUAAAUAAAUUAUUCCUACUUGACUCAUC